UUAGGAUGAAGAUUUUAGGAGUCACAUGGACUCAACUUUAUAGCUGGUGUCCAGUUGUUCUGCACUUACGCUCUGUGGGAAACUGCCUCGCGUUGUUGUUUUACUUUCUUUGCUUUUACGUAAUUUUAAAGCGUUUUCUUCCAGCAUUUCGGCUUUUUUGUACUUGUCGUGGACUUUAAGUGCAAAGACCGGUUCCUCCUCCACUUUCGAACCAUGCUGCAAACUUUACACCAUCACAACUGAAACCUGUUGUGUGAUGCGCGAAACUCCGAACUGCCGAAGAAAAUAAAAGUUUGCAUUUAUUUACUCACAAUGACUGAGGAGAGCAGGACUGAGCACAGAGCUGAAAGCGGGAAGGAUUUGGAAAAACAGCUCCGGUUACGAGUGUGCGUCCUAAAUGAACUUUUAAAGACUGAACGGGAUUAUGUUGGAACACUAGAGUUUCUCUCGGUGUUUCUGCAUCGUCUCAACCAGUACGCAGCCACCAAACUUGACAAGAACAUCACAGAGGAAACGGUUAAGGUUUUAUUCUCCAACAUUGAGGAGAUUCUGGCCGUUCACAGAGACUUCCUGUCCAUGGUGGAAGAGCUGCUGCAGCCUGACCCUCACGCUCACCAUGAAAUCGGGCGCUGCUUCUUGCACUUUAGGAGCCGUUUCCAGAUUUAUGAUGAAUACUGUGGGAAUCAUGAGAAGGCCCAGAGGCUGCUGCUGGAGCUCAAUAAGAUCAGGAGCGUCCGGACAUGUUUACUGAACUGCAUGUUGCUGGGAGGCAGAAAAAACACAGAGGUCCCACUGGAGGGUUACCUGGUAGCUCCUAUUCAGAGGAUCUGCAAGUACCCAUUGCUGCUCAGAGAGCUGCUGAAGAGGACUCCUAAGAAACACAAUGACUACGCCCUGGUGCAGGAGUCUCUCCAUGUGAUGAAGGCGGUGUGUUCCAGCAUCAACGAAGCCAAGAGACAGAUGGAGAAGUUGGAGAUUUUGGAGGAAUGGCAGUCCCACAUCGAGGGCUGGGAGGGCUCCAAUAUCACAGACACAUGCACGGAGAUGCUAAUGCAGGGUGUCCUGCUGAAGAUUUCAGCUGGGAACAUACAAGAGAGGAUUUUCUUCCUGUUUGACAAGCUCCUGGUCUACUGCAAGAAGAAAAACAGACGUUUAAAAAACAGCAAAGCGGCCACCGAGGGUCCUCGCUACCUGUUCAGAGGCAGAAUCAACACCGAGGUGAUGGAGGUGGAAAAUGUGGAUGAUGGCACGGCUGACUACCACAGCAGCGGGAACAUAGUGAACAACGGCUGGAAGAUCCACAACACGGCCAAGAACAAGUGGUUCGUCUGCAUGGCCAAGACCCCGGAGGAGAAGCAGGAGUGGCUGGAGGCCAUCAUGAAAGAGAGGGAGCGGAGGAAAAGUCUGAGGCUAGGCAUGGAGCAGGAUACGUGGGUGAUGGUGUCAGAGAAGGGUGAGAAGCUCUACCACCUCAUGACCAAGGGUAACCUCAUUAAGGAUCGGAAACGCAAGCUCACUACCUUCCCCAAGUGCUUCCUGGGAAGUGAGUUUGUGUCUUGGCUGAUGGAAAUCGGUGAGACGGGCAACCCGGAGGAAGGGGUUCACCUGGGUCAAGCUCUGCUGGAGAACGGCAUCAUCCACCAUGUCACAGACAAACACCAGUUCAAGCCAGAGCCUGUACUGUACCGCUUUCGCUACGACGAUGGCACCUACCAUCCCAGAAGUGACAUGCACGAUGUCAUAUCGAAGGGUGUUCGUCUCUUCUGCCGACUUCACAGCCUUUUCACUCCCCGUCAUCAGGGGAAAAACAGGGUGCCUCUUGCCCCCGCUGGUCCAAGGCGUUUAUGCACGGCACGGGAUAAGGACUACCAUUUGCGGACCUACAAAUCAGUGGUGAUGGCCAACAAACUGAUAGACUGGCUUAUUGCACAGGGGGACUGCAGGACAAGGGAGGAAGCGCUGAUCUUGGGGGUGGAGCUGUGCGACAAUGGCUUCAUGCAUCAUGUGUUGGAAAAGAGUGAAUUCAAGGACGAGCCCUUGCUGUUCCGUUUCUUCGCCGAUGAGGAGAUGGAGGGCUCCAAUACCAAACACAAACCCAUGAAGCAUGACCUAAAAAUAGUAGAGAACGUCAUCUCCAAGUCUCUCCUGAUAAGACCCAGUGAUGGAGGCUUCGGCUUUACCCUGGAAGAGAGGAACAGAGUCCCCAUCAUCAAAUCUGUGGAAAAGGGCUCCCCAGCCGAGAUGGCUGGCCUUGAGGUGGGGAAGAAGUUGUUUGCCAUAAAUGGAGACCUGGUCUUCCUCAGGCCUUUUUCUGAGGUUGAAGUUCUCCUCAGGCAGUGUUUCAACAGCAAAGGGCCCCUCAGGGUGCUGGUCAGCACUAAACCAAGAGACACUGUAAAGAUACCAGACUCGGCUGAUGGGCUAGGGUUCCAGAUCCGUGGCUUUGGUCCAUCUGUGGUCCACGCUGUCGGGAGAGGCACGGUGGCAGCCAUCGCUGGCCUCCACCCGGGCCAGUGCAUCAUCAAGGUGAAUGGCAUCAAUGUGAGUAAGGAGAGCCACGCCAGCGUCAUCGCUCAUGUCACCGCCUGCAGGAAGUACCGGCGACCCACGCAGCAAGAUACUAUUAAAUGGGUGUACAACAACAGUGAGAGCGCCCAGGAGGACAACCAGAAAACUAACCAGAAACCCACCACAGAGGAGAAUGGAGAUGGCUUUGAAUGCAAAGUAGAAGAGGUGAUGGACAAAUUCAACACUAUAGCCAUCAUUGACGGGAAGAAGGACCAUGUAAGUCUGACGGUAGACAACGUCCACCUGGAGUACGGAGUGGUGUAUGAAUAUGACAGCACAGCUGGUAUCAAGUGCCAUGUGCUGGAGAAGAUGGUGGAACCCAAGGGAUUCUUCAGCCUCACUGCUAAGAUCCUGGAGGCGCUGGCGCGUAAUGAUGACAUGCUGGUGCAGAUGUGUGGCAGGUUGAGCUCCAGCUGUGACGUGAUCCCUGAGGAGCUGCAGGUUCGCUUUAGCACCAUGUGCGGCGAGAGGGUGGAGCACAUCAACCGGCGCAUCACCAACUACAGAAAGUUUGCAAGGGUGCUGAAGAACAGAGCGUGGCCGACCUUUAAGCAGGCCAAGGCCAAGGUGUCUCCCCUCCACAGCAGCGACUUCUGCCCCACAAACUGUCAUAUUAAUGUGAUGGAGGUCUCCUACCCCAAAACCACCACCUCCCUGGGCAGUGCCUUCGGGGUGCAGCUGGACAACAGGAAGAACACACCGGAGAAGGGAGGACGCGGCGUUGCCGAACAGGGUAAACUGAACCCCAUGGUUAACAUCCAGCACACCAUCACCACUAUGGCUGCUCCAUCGGGUCACAGCUUGGGCAGGACCGAGGGACACGGCCUUCGCUUCCUGCUCAGAGAGGACGACCUGCUCACCCUGGACGCUUACCAGAAACUCCUCUACAAACUCACCACUGUCGUCAAGGAGAUGGAGACGCACGGCGCCCACAUUGAUGACAUUCUGUCCUCCAUUACCCACCCUCCAGCAUCAGAGGCCAGGACCCCAGAGAGUUACAUUUCUGCAGAGAGCGAGGGGGAGAAGGGGGAGCGCAACGGGAAGAAAGUGUGUUUUAACGUGGCGGGGGACGAGCAGGAGGACUCCGGACAUGACACGAUCAGCAACAGAGACUCAUACAGUGACUGUAACAGCAACAGAAACUCCAUCGCCUCCUUCACCAGUAUCUGCAGCAGCCACUGUAGCUCCUACGUUCACAGUGAUGAGAUGGACUCAGGAGAUGAGAUGCCCUCCAGUGUGUGGCUGUCCCACGAUAAGCAGAAGAAACUUCACAGCUUCCUGGAGCAUCUGUUUAGUCAGGUGGACUCAAUCACCAGCAUGCUGAGAGGAGUGGUGGUGGCUCGGGCGUUCGAGCAGACCAAGUGCUUCACACCUGGAAGAGGAUUACAAGAGUUUCAGCAGGAGAUGGAGCCCAAGGUGAGCUGCACCAAGAAGCUGCGUCUCCAUGUCAAGCAGGAUCCUUGGAACCUUCCCAGCAGCGUUCAGACCCUCACUCAAACCAUCGCUAAAUAUGUUGAAGAGGUGAAGACACGGCUGCUCUUGGUCUUACUACAAUAUACAGACUCAGAGAUCCAGUUGCGUCGAGACAUGGUGUUCUGUCAAUCUCUAGUUGCAGCUGUGUGUGCCUUCUCAGAGCAUCUACUGGCUGUCCUCAACCAGUUCCACAGUGUAAGCAGGGAGCCAGACCAGGACAGCUCGGACCCCCAGGACUUUCAGGAGGCUCAGGAAGCCAGCCGCCGUUGGCUGGAGCAGAUUGCCAGUGCUGGACUGCUCUUCCAUUUCCAGUCCCUCCUUUCCCCCAAUCUGACCGAUGAGCAGGCCAUGUUGGAGGACACUCAGGUGGCUCUCAUUGACCUGGAGAAGGUCACGUUCUACUUCCAGCAAUUUGAAGGGGAGCCGCUUGUCGCUAACAUGCCCAUUUCAUACCAGGUGGAGGGCACCCGCCAGGCCUUGAAGGUUUGCUUCUACCUGGAGAGUUUCUACUUCUCUCAGCUGCCUCACAGGCUGAAAAAUGGAGGAGGCAUCAAGAUCUACCCUGUGCUCUUCACACAAGCACUGGAGAGUAUGGAGGGUUACUACUACAGAGACAAUGUUUCAGUGGAGGAAUACCAGGCCCAAAUCAAUGCUGCCUCAUUGGAUAAAGUCAAACAGUACUACAAGAGACUGAGGGCUUUCUACCUGGAUCAGUCCAACAUGCCACCCAGCUCUGCACCCAAAGCUGCCCUCAUAGAUAAGCUGAUGCGUCCCCUCAACGCUCUGGAGGAGCUCUACCGUCUGAUGGAGAGUUUUAUCAGUUGUCGCCGCACCGCUGCCUGUCAGUACACUGCCUGCGGGGCUUCUGGAGUGGGGCUGCUCACCGUGGCCUCUGAGCUCUGUUCGCGUCUGGGAGCCACACACAUCGUCAUGUGCAACAGUGGCGUUCACCGCUGCACCCUGAGUGUGACGUUGGAGCAGGCCAUCCUGCUGGCCCGAAACCAUGGCCUGCCCCCUCGCUGCAUCAUGCAGGCCACUGACGUCAUGAGAAAACAGGGGGCAAGAGUUCAGAAUUCUGCCAAGAAUCUGGGAGUGAGGGAUCGCACGCCGUCGUCAGUCCCAAGGUUGUACAAGUUGUGCCAGCCUCCACCCCCAGAUGGUGACCCAUAAUGCAUUGCAUCCAGGAAGAUGCUGAAGAAGCCCUGGGGAGCUUUGAGUCCGAAGUCUUUCCUCCACCCAUGAAGGAUCAACCUAAUUAAAAACAGUUAUUGAACAUUUUAACAUGUUCAGAAUAGCUGCCUGAAGUGUAAAUAGAAAAAUUUAAACCGUAAAUAGUAUUUUUACUACUUUAUAUUUUCACUGUUGUACUUUAUACAUAUUUUUUUGAUUUUUUUUCAUUGUAAAAUGUAUCUGACAAUAAGAUAUUUCAGAGUGAGAAAACAAAAGAUUUUACAUCCAGAGAAUGGAGUCUAAUUAGCUCAGUGAAAUGGAAUGAAUCCCAUCAUUCACCGUCUGCGUAUUAUGGGCUGAAAAUUAUGUUUGUUUUCAUGAGGGACAUUUCAUGUUAUCAGUUUAAUCUGCAUAUGAAAUAAGCGAGAUGAUAUUGAUUAAAAGGAUACUGGAUGUAUUUUGCCAUUGCAUUUGUUCAGAUUAGCCAAUAAUUUGUCUGCUCCUGUUCUCCAACAUCUAUGCUUUAUCCAGUCUGUCAGUAUUUGAUAACCAUACAGUAUGAAUAUGUGUUUUGUAACAUUCCUUGACAUGGUUUUUUAUUCACUUGUAAAUACACAAAUUUAGCAGAAAUAUGCUCAAAGAGUCAUGCUGUUGUUUUCCACUGAUUUUGAAUUUCUAUGACUGUUUUAUGCAUGAAUAUAAAGAUUUUCAAUGGAUUAUCAGUAUUAACAUAUAAUAGUUUUUUGGAAGUAGAGCUAUGAGAUAUAUUCUGUUAUUUUACAUUGACAGUACUCAGGAUUAAAGUGUCUCUCUGUGUGACUUAUAAGGAUGUUAUCAUUGUAGAAUGGAUGACUAGCUCAAUACUAUGCAAACAACCAAGUGAUAAUAAACUGCAUCAAUAAGCUCCAGUAGUGUUCCUACAUAUAUACUGUAUGUCUGUUUCAGCGAUGUAAAAAUGAAGGUUGAUUUUUGCUGCAAAUUUUCCUCAAAACACUAAAAUGUCAUGUCAUGUAUACAGUGUGUAAAAAAAUAUUAAAGCUGAUAACAGUGAAUGGA